AUGGCAUUGACGUCUUUAUUUGCCGUAAUGUACUUGCCAUUGUCGUUCUUGCAGCAGGCGCAUUCACUUGGAGAAGGUCGACUUCAUCUCUUUAACGGCAUGCACUACCUGUUCCUGUUCCUCGCCGCAGCCGGAAUGCUUUUUCUACAAUUUGUACAACGAAAUCUCGUUGAACAAAUGCUACCGGUAAUGGAACACUGUUUCGUCUGA